AUGAGUGAAGUUUCAAAUGAUUUUAUGAAUGAAGGAGCCAUGGAUUCUGAAUUUGAAAUAGAGAGCCAUGAUGAUAUUAUGUCACAAAAUGAAAUAGAAUCAUCAUUCUUAUUUUCUGGAAAAAAAUUUGGUACAUAG